UUCAAGGCCAAGGGAGCUCUGCCUUCCUAAUGAGCAGGGUGAUGGCGUCACCAUUAUUGCUAGCUUUCAUAUUAUUUCUUGUAAUUCUUGAAUCUCCGGCGACGGCGAAUCUUAGUAUUGAUGAGGUUUAUAGAGAGGAGCUUGUGAAAAUGUUUGGCUAUGGUGAAGACAAGAUCUCCACCGUUCAAAUUGAAGGUAAAGUUGUUUGCCAGACUUGCAGCGACGACGAUGAAAGGUCGUCUAGAUCUCUUCAUCCCAUCUCAGGCGCAUGGGUGGGUAUUUUGUGCAGCAGAAGUGGAAGAAGAGCAUCAUAUUCUUCAUGGAUAAAAGGCAACACAGAUGAGCUGGGCGACUUCCUCAUAGAUCUCCCUUCUCAUCUUCAUGCAAUCCCAAAUCUGAAAAAAACAUGCCUAGUUAGGGUUCUUCAUCUCCCAAAGGCCUCAAUUUGCACCCAACAUCAUCACUACUACUCCAAGCCACCAAAACACAAACGAAUUCAACUCAUUGGAGUUCAAGAAGGCACCCGCACUUACACAACUCACACCAUACACCUUACACCUAAAUCUUGCAAUCACACCCAACAUAAGGGAAAAUGACGUUAUACUUUUGACCUGAGGAUAAAUGUAAUAUUUUUACAUUUUGAUGUAUAAGUAUAAUUUUUUCAUCAAAACUUAAAAGUAUUGUAUUUUUCCCU